AUGAUGAUUUCAGAUGCUGACGAAGACAGCUGCAUUUCAACUUCAAAAUGUGAAGCAACCUCAUCAGACAUUAAUAAUGAGACAAAAACCUGCAUUUUAACUGAUGAGAACAAAUAUGAUGCAAAUGGAGUGAAUGAAACAAAGGGAGAUAAGCCCACUAAAAAGUCUUCCACUCACCCAACAGUUCUUCCCCUUGUUUGUAAGAGAAAUAAUUAUCAGCAGCAGGAUAGUGCUUUGAAACAUUCCCAUGAAUCGUAUGAUCUCCAAAAGGAAUCAAAUUUAGGACAAACGUCUGAUCAAUAUGAAACUGUUGUUAAACUGACUAUAAACAGUAAAAAAGAGCAUAAUUCGGAUAAAAACAAAGGAAAAGAAACAGAAGAAGUCUCUGGUUGUCUUAGACACAGGAAACCCGUAGAUUCAGACAAAGGAGAUAAAAAACAUGUGACACGUCAUAUAACUUAUAACACUAAAGCUGGUGAGAAAUUAAAGUUGUCACAUGAUCACGGCAAUAAGGUUAAUUUGGAUGUGAUAGCUCUUGAACCUGUUAGAAGUUGUGCUAGUUUGUAUGUUAACUUUGACCCCGCAUCCGUGGUUUCAUUUUCCUGUGAUACAAAUGAUUAUUUCUGUACAGACUAUUCUGGUGAUAAACAGGACAGUGAUGUGUUUUUUGGAAUAAGUGAGAAGAAUUUUCUUGGCUUGGAUAGUGAUAGUAUUGGAGAGUUUGAUGAAAGUAUAGAAGAUGAAGAUACUGUAUUUGAUGAACUUGGUGCAACUAUAAAUGUAAAUACAGAUCUGAAAGAUGAUCAAGAUGAGAAGGAGCCUAUAAAUGGAAGUGUAAAAGGGAAGGGUGUUGAUAGACUGAUUGAAUCCAAAUCAAAAGACGAGAGACCUUCAGACAAAGUUCUUUCAACUGAUAGUCACAUCAAGCAUAUAACAGACAAGAAUCUCAACAAUCAAAAUCAAUGUGGUGUUAAGAAUGAUGUAAAGGUAAAGAAGAAAGAAAACAUUGACAAUGCAGAUGUAGAGCAGGAAAUUUCAGAGGCCACAGAGUGUAAACCAGAAGAGACUGACUGUGUGACAGAUAUUGUUGUUAAGAGAACAGAUGACAGAGUCGUUACCAGAAGAUCAGUGAACAAACCUCGUAGUGCAUCUUUAGCCAGAGUUUCACUACCAUCAAAGCAGACAGACUGGGAUUCUGAUAAGCCUCGUAGCGCAUCUUUAGCCAGAGGUUCACUACCUCCGAAACGGACAGACUUCUAUGUUGGUAAACCUCGCAGUGCAUCUUUAGUGAGAGUUUCACUGCCUCCGAAACGUACAGACAGUGAUCUAUCCGGAUGUGAGUCCUUCUAUUCCUUGGAUAACACAAGUCUCACAAGCUGUUCCAAUCCUGCCAUAAACAGGAUCAAGAAAACUCUCACCUGGACUCCAAGAGUUUUGUCGGAGGAAAAGUUUGCAAAUAGUUUAAGCACAGGGACAUUUUCUGAUGUAGCAAGUUUCUAUACAGCUGACACAAGUGGUACAUUCUUUUCCGCGAGAUCUUUUCAGCUGGACAGUUGCGAUAAUUUUCAGACUUGUGAAGACUUCCAGCAGUAUGCGGAUGAGCAUAUAGAACCGAAGUCUAAGCUUACAAGAGCAAAAGAGGUAUUGGUUCGUGGAAAAGAUUUUGUUAAGGCUAAGUUGGACGACUAUCGGCACAGGCUACCAAACUUGGUUGGGCGAGCAGAAACAUUUCCAAGACAUUUAUGCCACAGAAGUUGUGGAUUUUCAUGUGUACAUGUUAGAAAGGAUGUCUCAGCUUACAGUAUACCAGAUGUGAAUAUCGGUAAAGGUAUUGAAGUAAAACAAUCCACAACAGAUGACGAAAAGAAAGAAGAGAUUAAAGAACCAGGAGAUGAAAACUUUGAAAUGAAACAAAUCACUGCAACAAAACAAACAGCUGAAAAGACCAUCUCGGAGGUGUUAGGUGAACCAAGUAUUUCUUGUCAAUCAAAAGGGGAUACCAAUUUGGAAAAUGUAGCCAAAAAGAAAGGUUCAGAAAGGAAUGUGGAGGGAACUACUAUCACAAGAGUAUGUCCUCCAGAGGUGGUGAUUAAGCGAAAACAUGCAGGGAGCAGGCAUGAGGAGGAGCAAGAUAUGGGGAAGGGGGAGAGAGGGAGCGCAGGGUCAGGCCAGGUUGGAAAGUUGGAUGUCAGUGACCUUUUUGAGCUUACAGCUGAGGACUAUGGCAGUGAAUCGGAGGAAUCUGCUAAUAAUGAAGGAUCAGCGAGAAGAUCUGAGGACUGUGGAGAGGCAGGACACUCGGACAGACUUUCCCAACCUCACUGGACAGUGAAAAUGGACAGUGAGGCAAGGGAGACUACUAUAGAUGAAGAUGACUUGCCAGCUGGCUCAGAAGCCGGGAACAUAUUUAAGCGGCAAAAAGGAAACAAGGACAAGGAGGCCAAAGGUGGGUCAGAUAAGCGUCUACGCUGGCGCUCAGCCGUGGAGAAAACCCAGGGGUGCAGUUUAGCCUCCAGUCUCAAUAGCAGUGUGGAACAACUCUUAAGUCAACGAGAAAUGGAUCCGGAAACAAUGCUUAGCAACUUGGGGUUUGGGGGUGAGACAAACUCCGUGGAUUUCUCCCAGAUACCCGACCGGUUCCUACAGCACCAGAAGUUGAUGCAGGAAGCCAGUCUAAAACAAAUUCUGCUGAAUCAUCCAGAAUUGCAACAGAGUUACCUCCCUCUAUUGGCUGCCAGCCAACAUCCUGUUCCUAUGGCUAGUUCCACUCCUCUGUCCCAGAGUCCUGCAGUGUACAAGAGGUCAGACAGGGAACCAGACAACUUUGAUGUCACAGAUGGGAAAAGGCGUCAGACAGGAAGUUCAAAAGGCUCCAUGCACACGUCGUUCCAGAGCGUGAUGCGGGGGAUGAAGUUUAUUAACACGGCACAGCAGCGGGUACACGCCCCGUCGUCUCCUGAUGAGGAAACGAGGAUCAUCAGCUCUAUGCCGAGUAUCCUUGACUUCAAGAAUCGGCAAGCACUUGCCAGACAAGGUUUCUAUGGUGACCAGUACUUGUUACAUGAAAAACAUGACCUCAAAAAUGAACCCAAGUCUCGAAAGACUUCUGCCCUCUCUGCUGCAGAAAAACGAAAACAAUUCGUUGAUAGAGUUAAAAGUAAGAGUAAAAACUGGUCCUUUACUGACGAAGAUAUCGAAGAACAAUCAGAGGGAAGGUCUCGCCAGCGAGAAUCGGUCGAUAGCUGGGAUCGUGGUCUGGUGCUUAAAAGUUUCAGUGAUCGAUUUAGUUCUGAUUCUUCAAUGGAGAGUAAUGACUCAAUGGAUGAAAAACAAAAGCUUAGGAGACAGAGUUCAAUAAGUAACUUGAGAAAACAAUAUCAAGAUACGAUUCGUCAUAGUAUAGAUCACGGUGAUUCCUACCCAGUCUUUACCUUAGAUGAAGAAAGUGACCCAGUAGAACCCCACCGUGGUAUAACUGAACUUCGUAAACGCCAAGUUGAUGAUCUUAUGUUAUCAAAGAUUGAUGAUGGUGACUAUGUGGCAGAGCCGUCGAAAAUACGGGAAUUUCGAGGGGAUUCAGCCCUUAUCCUUGCUCAAAAAUCCACCCAGUCAACUCUGGUUGGAUCUCCUGUGACGCCUAGAGAAUUUAACUAUUCAUUUGACGAAUCAUUGCGAGAUGGGAAAGAGGAAUUUGAUUUUGAAAGCCCGCCUAAUUCAAGCAGAAAUAAGAAAGUGAAACUGAAGAACGGCGUUAGUAUCGUAAUUGAGGAGGAUAUUUCGGAUGAAAAUAAUGCUAUUCAAAGGGAGGUAAAUCCUCAGUUGCAUAUCACAUCGAAUCAUGAAUUAUCUGCCCAGCCAAUGAACCAUAGGUCGGACUCUUGUAACACUCUUGUAGCACAGGACAGUAACUAUGAAAACGACCUUGUGGAAAAUGGUGACCUCUCCUCACGACACGGAGAGUUCACUGAGGGUCAAGGUCAAGAUCCGUAUCAGUCAGAUGCUUUGUCAGAAUCAUCAAGCUCCCUGAUAAGUGGAGGAACAGUGAUUAGAGGAUAUUCUCCCCGUGACUUUGAUGACCUUUCAAGGUCGUCAGGUUCAUACAUUGCAGAGCAUCAUCGUCUUAAACCAAAAGUCCCAAAUCCCCCGCAGGAGUCCUUUGAACUUGAGGAGAUUUCCAGCGCAGACACGCUGGACGAUCUUGGUGGUCAACCACAGAGAAACAAUCAUAGAAGAGGUCCAAUGGAGAAGUCACUGAGCACGCACUCGGACAGUUCUGGAUUUGCUGACCUUGAUAUGCCAGGGGAGAUCACUUACACCGACUCUAGCAGGACAAUGCCAGCCCAUUCGCUUGAAACAGCAGAAAAACACACAAUGCUUGAUACCAGUCGACUACUCAACGUGACCAAACAUCUCGUUAGAAGUGGGGACAGUUUUGAUGACAAGGAAAACAUCAACCCAUCUCUGGAGUCUAUCACAUACUCUUGUAAAACUGCUGCCAAUGAUAAGGCAGUGACCUUCACUGUAGACAUUCCAUUAUCACCACAGCAACAGCCAAUCACAUCAGCCGACACAGUCAGCCAAUCACAAUCCAGGAGACAUCCGAGAUAUGUUUCUGCUUUGAAAUUGGACAUGGAACUGUUAGGAGACAAUGUCAGUGUAAAAAGCUCAGAUAGCAGUGUUAGAAUAAAGCCUGCAGGGCCUGUGACCUUCACAAAAUUGGGGUCAUCUGGGAACAAUGAACUUGACAUUGAGGGCACAGGUUGUGAAAAUUUAAAUGAAAGAAAUGAUCAUUGGCCUACUAAACAGGACUUAUUGUUAGAUUUGAGCUUCACACAAAGUAAAGAUAAUAAUGUUAGCGAUUUUAAAGCUUCGCCUGACCAAUCCGAUUUUGUAACGAAACAAAAAGAAAACAUUAUUCAAAGAAAGAAAUCAAAAGAAGCUCUUGUUGCUGCCAAAAAUCAGACUGCUGACUGGCUGCUCAACACUGGACAUGGUGAUCUGUCAAGAAACCAAGCCCGUAAUGCCUGGGGCUCGACCCCCGAUCUGAAACCAAAAAUGCCUUUUUCAUUCCAAAAUAAUCCAAGGAUGAGCAGACUUAAACAUGAGGGCCAACAUUCGUUUGAUAUUCUUUUAGACAGGAACGGUCAGCCUGAAUCCACUUUAGGGCGGUCGUCACCGCUUAUCCAACAGCGCUCUGUGGACAGUGAACAUCCCAUUAGUCCACAAAAAUCUAAACCAACCUAUCAAAAUGAAUCGUUCAGUUCACUGCAGAGUAGCGCAGAAUCAACCAAUAAAAAGCCUUUUUUGAAGAAUCUUGAUGUUUCUGCCUGCUCCUCAAUGGAUGAAAGUGUAAACUCCUCUCGGCCAUCGUUAAUUGGCAGUUCAGCCAGUGUAUCUGAAGACUUCCUUAAUUACCUGCGAUUGGCUCGGCUUGUGAAUGGAGCAAGUCCUAUCAUGGAUACUGUUCCAAAGAUGCCUAACAUGAAGUUCAAGCCAAAUUUCCACCUGAAGAACUGGACACGACUUCCCAAACAAAAGAUGUUGGAGGAGGAGACUCGUCUGAUGCAGCAUGCUGUACAGCGCUACAAGACGGAGCUUUGCAUCAUGGAAAACAUGCUCUUCAGUCUGUACAGCCGCGUACAAAAAGAUCUGAUCCCUGAAGAAAGGGCAGAGGUUGAAGAGCUGCAGCAAUUGUGGAGCCAGGUUCGAAAGGAAGUUAUCAAGAUGGAGGAUCUCCUUGCCGACCGUCUGCAUUCAGUCCUUGCUGGCAAUAACAGCUACAGUCCUUUAGAUGCAUUGGAGAUAAUACAGACGAUGAUUGAUUUACUGCGUGAACAGCUGUAUCAUCAGCAGAUGUGUAUCUGUCGGGACGUUAGUUUCUGUGAGGACGAUGACGAAGAUGAGCUUUUACCCAUCAGUCCGUCCGUACCAUCAACAUCUGGGUCAGUUGAUGGCUCGUGGAUGUCUGAGAUCUCAAAUCAGAUGAUCGAUUUGAAGACGAGUCUUGAAACUUCGCAGGAGACACAGCGUCAGGAAUUGAAGGAUAGGAUUGCCGAGCUCAAGAAUGGACUUCUUUCCGAGAUACGUUCAGAAACCAUGUCUUCAGUGCAAAACUCCAAAAUGCUUGAGCUGCAGCUACAAGCCCGAGAAAAUGAGGUUCGCAGGCUCAGGAUGGAACUACUUAUGCAGAGCGUUAAUACGGGUUCCAUCAGACGUCAACCGGUCAAGGAGAGCGAUGUGUGACCACAGAUAAAAUAGUGCCAAAAUAAUUUGCUGCUAUGGAACUUAUUAAGCAUUUAAGAGAAUAGUUGCUAUUAUGACAAUUACCAAGCUGCAUUUGUGCUUCCGAUUCACGUGUAAGGUUCUUUGUUUCGUAAACCAAAUAAAUCAGCCAAAAUGUUCAGUCAUAUUUAUAUCAGCUUGAUCUAAAUGUGCAUGGAUGCAAGUUAUAGAUGAUGAAAUCAUCAUCAGUAAAGACUUUCUGUUUUUGAACAGAUUUUCAAGUAACAAUAUUACGAACAUCGUAUCGAAAUUCAUCAGAUCUUACACUCAAUAAUAAUUCUAUUGUUAUUCUUUUUUGCAAUAAUUUUAUUGUUUUUUUUGCGAAGUUCAGUUAUAUCUAAAUGGGAUAUAUUUUUAUUUUUUUAACAUCAGUCAUUUUAAUCUGUUUAAUGUUUGUCAAAGUAUGUGUGUGUUCUGUAUAUACAUGUAUGUCCUGAUUUUAUAUUCUAGAGUAUAUUUUUACUUGACCAUGUUACUACUGAUAUUCGUAUGUACAUGUUCAAGCGUUGUUCGGGUAGUUUGUGGCACUUUGACAUAAAAAGAAAGCAUGUUUUUGAAAAUAUUUGAAAUUUGGUACAAAUGUAGUUGAAGGAUCAAACGCUACAUCUUGAUUUCUGGUGUCCAUGAUGUGUGUCCAUGACUUUGUUCAAAACCAUCUCAACAUUUUGGAAAAUGGUAUAAUUACUACAAUAUGAAGAUACCAUUUUUUGACAAGGUGAUUUUCCCAAAAAUUAUUUUUAUGUUAAAAUACCGCAAACUUUCAGAUGCUAACGUUUUCACUCUUCAAAGUUUUCUCUAGUCUUUCUAUAUCUCACUGUAUCAUUUAUGACAAAUCUUUCUUUUUCCUUCUUCUCUUUUUCAAUCUAUUUUAUAUUCACCAUUCUUUGCAAAUUAGUCAGGCAUCAGUUGUCUUUCAAAGACUUGGGUGACUUACAAUAAGAUUUAUUCAUAAUUUGUUAUGCAUGUCAUUAGAUCAUUAAAGGACAAUUAAAACAAUCAUAGUUUGUAUUUUCAGUGUAUGAUAGCACAUGUUUGGAAAAUCAUAUCCAUUCACCUUAAUACCUUAGACAAGGCAUAAAUAAACUUAGAAAACCAUUUAGACAUGGCCACAGACUAUUUGGUAUAUUUUUCUCUUUUCUUCUAUGUGUUCAGUGUUAAAUGUUUUAUUAGCAAUGCAUAUCAUAACACUUAAGCUAAGACAUUCCAUAUUUUAAUGCAUGUUUUGUUUCUAUCAAUUCUAUUCUACAUUUGAAGCUGGUCUUAACAAUCAUAAACAAUUACACAUAUAGCUCAUAUAUUGUUAUUGUAUUUCCAUAUUUAGAAUUUUUAAGUUGCCUUGAUAAUGUGCAACGAAAAUUAUUACCAAGAAAGGACUUGGAAUAUAACACACAUUAUUAGAGAAAAUUUCUGAUAUACAUGCUCAUGUAUGGUGUAUAUUCUUUGUCUUUCUAAAGCCUUGCUCCUACUUUUUUUCUAGUCAUUUAUGUAAUUUGUAAACAUGUACAUAAUGUCUAAACUGGAAUGAUGGAUUUAUUGGUUAUCAUUAUAAUCAUAAUAAAUGAAUAUAUAAAAAGGAUAUAUAUAUUUUUUAUUGAUUAAAUAUCAUUGUAUGUGUACUGUGUACAUGUACUUUACUUGGACUUACAUUUACUUAAGUUGGACCUAUAUGCAUUUUAAUUUGACUUACAUGUACUUUAUUUGGCCUUAAUGGAUUUAACUGGACCUACAUGUAUUUUAAAUGGACCUACAUUCAUUUUAAUUGGUCCUACAUGUAAUUUAUUUAACCAUAUUAUAAUUUUAUUGGACCUACAUGUACUUUUAAUGAACUUACAUUCAUUUUAAUUGGUCCUACAUAUACUUUAAUCAGUUCUAGAUGCACUUCAAUUGGUCCUACAUGUACUUUAAAUGGACCUACAUUCAUUUUAUUCAGACCUACAUGUACUUGAAUCAAUCCUAGAUCGUUGCACUCCUAUUGGUCCUACAUGUACUUUAAUUGGACCUACAUGUAGUUUCAUGGAACAUGUAUGCACCUAUUGACUUAGGUUGUUUUAUGGUUAAGAAGGCAUUUUAUACUUUUUGUAUACAUUUACUAUGAAGAUAAUCUUUUAAGACAUAUUUUAGACAAAGUAUCAGAGAGACAAUGUUCUUAUCAUGCCAAAUACAGAUAUUAGCAAUAGCCAUGUACAUUAUAUACAUUUGCUGAUUUUACUAGAGCUGUUACUUCACUUUAUGAUAUAUGUAUGAAAAAAUGUUACAUGUAUGUAAAAAAAAAUGUUGCUUGUUAUGACAUCAAGUGUUGUUAAAAAAUCUUUGUUUUCCAAAUUUUAAAUCUUAUUAAAAAUUUAUUACAGACAUUUAGACAUUGUUUCUGAGCUUAAAUUUACUUUUUCUAUUCGAUCAUGACAAUUAUUUACCCGUAUAUGACACUCAAAUAUGGUCAUACCAGUCAUGUAAAAUAUACAUAUUUAUAUAUGCGAUACUGUCAUCUUACUUCCCUUUGGGUGUACAGCCAAGAACUGUAACUCUUGCAUUCCCUUGAUCGUUCUCUCUUACUUCCCUUUGUUGUAUUUUACCUGUAUAUUUAAUACUAAGGCUCCAUGUUACUGUUUUUGUACAUUUGCAUUGUUAUUUGUUAUAUUUUGAAUAUUACUGACUUUUGUAGGAGAAAUAUACGCAAGUAAUCGAGAA